UUCACUACCCACAGGAUCACCAUGGGGACAACCAAGGAUGCACCGAUAUGGAGGCUGAUAUGCCUGGUACUACUGAUCAAAUCAACACAAACAGUGAGCCCCACCACAAGUGUAACAAUCAUCCCGACAAUGAUCACAACGAUACCCACACUUUCAGGAGUGAAUGCCUCACACAAUGACCAGGUCUGCAGCACAUGGGGUAACUACCAUUUCAAGACCUUCGACGGGGACUUUUUCCAGCUCCCCUCCACAUGCAACCAUGUUGUGACCUCACUGUGUAAGAGCAGCUAUGAGGCUUUCAACAUCCAGAUGAGGCGACAGGUGGUGGACAACCAGCCCACCAUUAGCAAGAUCACCAUGAAGCUGGAUGGUGUAGUGGUGGAGCUUUCCAAGGGUGGUGUUGUGGUCAAUGCGCAGACGGUGACCCUGCCGUUCAGCUUGUCUGGAGUCAGCAUCGUGAAGACUACAUCCAAUGUGAAGGUCGUAGCCAAACUGGGGCUGGUUGCUGUUUGGAACAAGGAUGACUCCCUAAUGAUUGAAAUGAACGAGAAGUACAGAAACCAGACCUGCGGACUGUGUGGUGACUUCAAUGAAGUCCAAACAUACAACGAGUUCAUCAUCAAUGGUGGGGAACUCUCUAGCUCUGACUAUGGAAACCUCUGGAAACUGGAUGGCCCUCUGGAAGUCUGUGAGGAGCCUACGCUAACUUCUGUGGAGAGUUGUGGAGAUGAGGAAUUUUGUCAGCAGCUGUUCUCCAGUGCAGCUUUCAGUAGCUGCACUAAUUAUUUGGAUAUGGACGCCUUCAUCAAGACCUGCCUUGCAGACCUGUGCCACUGUGAUAACAGCACCAACUCCUUCUGCCUGUGCAACACCAUCUCAGAGUACUCCCGUCAGUGUGUUCAUGCAGGGGGGAAGCCCCAGCAAUGGAGGACUGAACAUUUCUGCUAUAAGACAUGCCCCUUCAACAUGGAGCACCAGGAGUGUGGAAACCCCUGUGUUGACACCUGCUCCAACCCAGAGGCCAGCCAGUUGUGUGAAGACCACUGUACAGACGGCUGCUUCUGUCCUCUAGGUACUGUUUUUGAUGAUGUCAGCAACAGUGGCUGUAUUCCAUUGAGUGAAUGCCUCUGUGUCCACAAUGGACAAGUAUACAAAUCUGGAGAAUCUUACACCAGCAACUGUAAAGAAUGCACCUGUGCUGGUGGUCAGUGGGCCUGUACAGACAAGGACUGUCCUGGGACCUGCUCUGUGGAGGGAGGAUCCCACAUCAACACCUAUGAUGGGAAAGCCUACACCUUCCAUGGGGACUGCUCUUACAUUCUGACCAAGCAAUGCAAUGGAACUGAAUUCACCGUGCUGGGAGACAUUGUGAAGUGUGGGUUGACUGACACUCAGACCUGUAUGAGGGCUGUUACCCUAGCCCUCUCCAGCAGAUCCACCGUGAUCCAAGUCCAGUCAAGUGGAAGUGUUCUUGUAAAUCAGAUUCUUUCUCAGCUCCCGCUCUAUACAGCUGAAGUGACCAUCUUCAAGCCCUCCUCAUUCUACAUUGUUAUCCAGACAACUCUUGGAGUUCAACUUCAGAUCCAGCUUUCACCAGUUAUGCAGAUCUACAUAACUGCCAUCUCAUCCUACAAAGGAACAACCUGUGGCCUUUGCGGAAACUACAAUGACGUUCAGGCAGAUGAGUUCAGAGUCAUCAGUGGAUUGGUGGAGGGCACAGCUGUAGCUUUUGCCAACACAUGGAAGACCAUGGCCAGCUGCCCUGAUGUCAAGACUAGCUUUGAAAACCCCUGCAGUUUGAGCAUCGAAAACGAGAAAUACGCCCAGCACUGGUGUUCCAUGUUAUCAGAUCCUAAAGGAGUGUUCUCCCCUUGCCAUUCUGAAAUAAGACCAGACACCUACAAAACCAACUGCAUGUAUGACAGCUGUAACUGUGAGAAGAGUGAGGACUGCAUGUGUGCUGCCGUCUCCUCUUAUGUCCACGCUUGUGCUGCCGAGGGUAUCCAGCUCACUGGCUGGAGAGACACUAUCUGCAAUAAAUUCGCCGCCUGUCCCAGACAAACAGUUUAUACCUACAACAUGACCAGUUGUGGACGUACCUGCCGCUCACUGAGCAUGACAGACCAAUCUUGCCAGGUGAAGUUUGUUCCGGUGGACGGCUGUGGCUGUGCAGAGGGCACCUACAUGGACGAGGCUGGCCAGUGUGUUGCCCCCACCAACUGUCCCUGCUAUGACAAGGGCUCAGUGGUCCCUGCAGGAGAGACUAUCAGCAGAGACGGUGCCACCUGUACUUGCAGACAAGGGACACUGAGUUGCACUGGGGGAGCAAGACCAUUCAGUAACUUUGAAAUGAACCAAGAGGACUCAAGCAAUUCAUUAUGCACAGUGCCAAUGGUUUUCUUCAACUGCUCAACUGCACCUCCAGGAGCUUCAGGUUCAGAGUGUCAGAAGAGCUGCAAAACUCUGGAUAUGACCUGUAUCAGCACAGAGUGCACAUCAGGUUGUAUGUGCCCAACCGGACUGGUGUCUGAUGGGAACGGAGACUGCAUCAAGGAGGAACUUUGUCCUUGUGCUCACAAUGGAGCUACUUACCAAGCUGGAGAGACUCUUAAGGUUGACUGCAAUACAUGUACUUGCAAGGACAGACAAUGGCAGUGUACCACACAUCUCUGUGAUGGAGUUUGUGCAAUCUACGGAGAGGGUCACUAUAUCACCUUUGAUGAGAAAAGGUUCAACUUUAAUGGAAACUGUGAAUACACUCUCAUUCAGGACUACUGUGGCAAUACUAAUGGCACUGGCAGCUUCAGAGUCCUCACUGAGAACGUUCCUUGUGGAACUAAAGGCACCACCUGCUCCAAGACCAUCAAGCUCUUCCUGGGGACCAGUGAGCUCAUAUUGGCAGAUGGGACCGCUCAAGUUGUCAGAAGUACUCCAGAAGAGCAGUUUCCUAAACAGAUCAGCCUUCUGGGGAAUUAUCUGGUUAUUGAAGUCAAAAGUGGUCUAAUCCUCAUGUGGGACAAGAAGACCAGUCUCUUUAUCAAGCUUAGCCCACAAUACCAGGGGCAAGUGUGUGGUCUGUGUGGAAACUAUGAUGGCAACGCAAACAAUGACUUCACCACUAGAGCCCAGGCGAUAGUUGUUGAUCCAGUGGAAUUUGGAAACAGCUGGAAAGUUUCAUCAAGCUGCCCAAGUGUAUCCGCUGUAGUGCACCCAUGUGCCUCCAACCCGUACAGAGCGUCUUGGGCCCAGAAACAGUGCAGCAUCAUUAACAGUGAUGUCUUCACAGCCUGCCAGAACCAGGUGGACCCCUCUCCUUACUACGAUGCUUGUGUGAGAGACUCAUGUGCUUGUGACAGUGGUGGAGACUGUGAGUGCUUCUGUACUGCAGUGGCAGCUUAUGCAAAGGCCUGUAAUGAAGCUGGAGCCUGCGUAGCCUGGAGAACCCCUCGAAUUUGCCCACUGUUCUGUGACUACUACAACCCCACUGGAGAAUGUGAGUGGCACUACAAGGCAUGUGGAGCUCAGUGUAUGAAGACCUGCAGAAACCCUUCCGGAGACUGUUCUAGUUUAAUUCCAGCAUUGGAAGGCUGCUAUCCUAACUGUCCCGUGGCACAACCUUACUUCAAUGAGGAGACAAUGAAGUGUGUGGAGAGGGAACAAUGUGGCUGUUAUGACUAUGAAGGAAACCAGUACACCAAUGGACAGAAUCUUCCGGCACAAAACUGUGAAACAUGCACCUGCACAAUGACUGGAGUGAGUUGUAGUUAUGAUGUAAAUGAUUGUACAUGCUUGUAUAAUGGUAAACAACACCCAUAUGGAGAAACCCUCUACAACACAACAGAUGGGAUUGGUAACUGCAUAGUUGCUGUUUGUGCCUCGAACGGAACCAUUACCAGGAACAUUUCCCCUUGUCAAGUGACCACAACUCCAGUACCAACUACAACAUCCCCUCUGACAACAACAACUGUCCAUGCAACAACCACACUAAAACCCACAACUGUCUUCCACUUCACAACACCUGAACCAACUUCAACUUGGUCUUCUACAACAAUGGAGAUGACACCUAAAAUCACCACAAGUUCAUCAUUAAAUCCUUCAACUACAUCAUCAGGAUCAAGUACAGUCACAAUUCCCAAACCGACAACUGUAACUACAACAACUAUGGUACCCACAACCAGUGGAGAAGUAGCUACAUCGACCACGGCCGAAACGUCAACAAAGGAAGAAACCACAACUGAGACGAUCACAUCUACAAAGCCACCUAAAGUAGUCACCACUGGUAUGGCAACAACGACAUCACAUGUCACCACAAAACCAUCAGUAACUUCGAUUGCGCCAAUUACAAAAACACUACCUCACCUUACAGGUACAUUGUGGCCUUUAACAUCAACAACACAGCCCUCAACAACAACAGAAUCAGUCUUCACAGGUGGAAUAUUGACAACAGAGCCUCACUCACAAAUUACCAAUACAAACAUCUGGGAUAUUCACACACAACACAGUAUCAUCAUCUACAACUGUAAAUGUUGAAGCCUCUACCUCAACAUCCCAGCCAUCAACUUCAAUCACAACUACAAAGGCACCUACAACAACUGCAGAGGUAACUACAUUAACUUCCACUGAAAGUUCCACACAGCCGCCUAAAAU